AUGAGUAACAAGCCGACACAGCUGCUGCCUGCUGCUGCUGCUGCUGUUGCUGUUGCUGCGAGCGUGAUGCAGCACCGAUACAUCCAUACCCAAAGCACCAAACCUGCAGCAGCAGCAGCAGCAGCAGCAGCAGCAGCAGCAGCAGCAACAGCAGUGGCAGCAAGUAUGAUGACAGCAGCAGCAAAGGCAGCAGAAGGUGCAACAGCAGCAGCAGCAGCAGCAGCAGCAACAACAGCAGCAGCAGCAGCAUCACCACCACAACCAUCAGCAGCAGUAGCAACAACAACAAUAGCAGCAGCAGCAGCAGCAGCAACAGCAGUAGCAGCAACAGCAGCAAUAGCAACAGCAGCAACAGCAGCAAUAGCAACAGCAGCAGCAGCAGCAGUGGCAACAGCAGCAGUGGCAACAGCAGCAGCAGCAACAGCAGCAGCCGCGCAAACAGCAACAACAGCAGCAGCAGCAACAGCAGCAUCGCCACACAGCAGUGGCAACAGCAGCAGUGGCAACAGCAGCAGCAGCAACAGCAGCAGCCGCGCAAACAGCAACAGCAGCAGCAGCAGCAGCAUCACCACCAUCAGCAUCAACAGCAGCAGCAGGAUCAUCAUCAUCAUCAUCACCAGCAGCAGCAACAGCAGCAGCAGCAGCAGCAGCAGCAGCAGCAGCAGCAACAUACGCGUGUAG